AUGUCCAACUUGUGCCACGGGCAGGUAGCGAACGCUUUGAUUGCAGCCGGCCAGGUCUCCGCAGCUAAUCAACGGUCCAGAGGAAUCUCCAUCUCCGUGGCUGCCUUAGCAACCGAAACAACAGCGAUGGUCGGUGCUCCUGGCCCCCUCGCUGAGCGUCGGCACGUCCCGCGUCGCCGCUACAGCCGCCGCCGUGUUACAGGGCUGCCGACGGCGGGGUGCGCGUCGCCGGGGUCGCCCUCGGGCGGCUUCGAGUCGCCGGUGUCCUCGCGCGCCAGCGAGUCGGCCGGCCCGGUGGCGCCGUCGGCCGGCGGCUGGCUGCGGGUGUCUCCGGGCAGCGCGCGCGGCCGCCUCCUGUACCGCGUGCAGAUGCUGCUGCUGCCGCUGCUGCCCGUGGCGGCGCUGCUCGCGCAGACCGGCGUCAACAUGGCCGACGGCAUCGCCGUGCACUCGGCCGCCACCGCCGUCGGCAGGCAGAACGCGCACCACCACAGGGUGUGCUCGGAUGAGGAGGCGGAGCUACGACCUCCAUGGGCGACGGCGGCGGUGGCGGCGAUGUGUCUGCAGCCUCAGCGCCCAUUGGUUCUGGUGCCGCGGAGGAACACUGCGGCGGCGGCGGCCGGAGGUGGGGCCGUGGCGAGAGGCUCCCGUCCAGUGCAAGGGUGCAGAAGACCGGCGGCGCCAGGAGCGCCCACGGCGGAGACGCGAGAGGUGCUGUCGGUGGAGUUGUGGGCUGAGCCCAAAGGUAUAACAACAGGUGUUAUUUUGUUACAGAUUGAUUUAACAGUGGAACUUUUCCAUCUAUUAACUGCCUUCCAAUAUGAACGAGGACAAGUUGCCUACAUCAUAUUUACGCAUGGUAACAGAUCACUGCUACUCUCCGUGUUCAACCAGACACUAAACUGCAUAUCUCAUGUGCAUUGGGAGUUGUGGAAAGAUAUUUCUGUGGACCAAGAUUUCUUCUAUGACUAUGUGUCAAACAUCAGAUACAACCAUGAAAAGCUGCUGAAAGAAGCAUUGAUACCUCUAGAAUGGUACAGUGAAGGGACCAAGAUGAUGUUGAAUGGACUGUCACGAAUUAUUCGUGAAACAUCAACCAGUGGAGUCUGGAGGUUAUUGGUGGCAUAUCGUACAGUAUUGGCAGCAGUGGACAACUUAAGUUCAGCAGCAAUCUUUGGAUUGUAUUACUUCUGCAUGGGUGUCUUGGAUGUAGUUAAUUUCACAAAUUUUGUUCGAUAUGAUUCCCUUGGACAAGAAUAUCUCUUGGUGGCUCAGCAGUACUCAUUAGAACUCAGGGACGAGUGGCAUGACUUUCUCAGUAAUUUUCCAGCUUUCAACAAUGUAACUGUACUGCAAGAGAAAAUCUACCGAAACAUGAAACGUCCUCCUGACUUUUCUUUGGCAGAGCAGUACCACAUGAUGAUGAGCUAUGUCUUAGCUGAACUUCGACAGUAUCAAGAGAGGCUUCGAAUAGUGAUAAGCGAGCGGGUAUCAGAGGAUCUGCAGGUGUCUGGCCGACAGCAGGGCCUAUCUAUUACCUUGCUUGUCCUGGUGCUUAUUAUAUCACCCAUCAUAGUUCUGCUUGUCCUCAACGCCACACGUACCAUACAGACAUUUGCUGAAACCCUGAUAAAGAGGACACAGGAACUACGUAGUGAGAAGCGCAAAAGUGAUCGGCUCCUAUUCCAGAUGUUACCACCCCCGGUUGUCAGACAACUGCGGCAACAGAAACAGGUUACAGCUGAAAAUUUUGAAUCUGUGACCAUAUUCUUCAGCGAUAUUGUUGGAUUUACACAGUUGUCUGCUGUGAGUUCUCCAAUGCAGGUUAUUACACUGCUAAACAGGCUGUAUCGCUUGUUUGAUUCACUAAUUCAGAAUUAUGAUGUAUACAAAGUAGAAACAAUUGGUGAUGCAUAUAUGGUUGUUUCUGGGCUCCCACAACGAAAUGGUAAACGUCAUGCAGGAGAGAUUGCUUCAAUGGCUCUUGAUGUUUUACAUGGUGUGGAGCUAUACAAAAUUCCACAUCGGCCAUCGGAAUCACUGCAAAUUAGGAUUGGGAUAAAUACUGGGCCGUGUGUUGCAGGUGUUGUUGGUACAACAAUGCCUCGUUACUGUCUGUUUGGAGAUUCUAUAAAUACUGCCUCUCGAAUGGAAUCCACAAGUCUUGCAAUGAAGAUCCACAUAAGUCAGACAACAAAGGAAGCUUUAGAUGAGCUUGGAGGUUUCUAUACAGAGUACAGAGGAGUCAUGGAGGUAAAAGGAAAAGGACUUAUGGACACAUACUGGCUGACAGGGAAAGAAUGCAAACAGGGUUCUUACAUCAAUAUUGAAAUUUCAGACAUCCUAGAUGAUGAUGCAACUCCUGAAUUUUUACAAAUGAUUACACAGGAAUAGAGUGACAGUUACCUGUGCAUUAAUAAAAAGCAAUGGUAUUCAAAGAGUAAAUGUACAAUGUAAUACUAAAAAACAUAUUUUUGUACUGUAUUUCACACACAUUAUAAUAAAAUAUAA